CCCCCCACUCCCCUUUUGACCAGCUCCGAUAAUCGACACCGAAAGCUGUUUGAUUGAAUAAAUCCGCCAAAAUGACUCUCUACUACAGUCUCGUUUUUAUGCUCCUGGUGUUUGAGAUGGGCGUCUUCCUGGCCCUCAUCGUCCCUCUGCCAUUUGUCAUCAAGCGCAAGCUCUUUACCUUCAUCUCGGAAAGCCCGAUCAUCGCCAAGUUACAGUAUGGCUUGAAGAUUACCUUCAUUUUCAUCCUGAUUUUGUUCCUUGACAGCGUCAACCGGGUGUUCCGGGUGCAGCAGGAACUGGCUGCUUUCUCCCGCGACGGAGCUGGCAUCGGAGCUGCACACCUGGGCACUGAUCGCAUGGAGGUGCAGGCCCGCAAGUUCUACUCGCAGCGCAACAUGUACCUUUGCGGCUUCACUCUCUUCCUCUCCCUGAUCCUCAACCGCACCUACACCAUGAUCCUGGACGUUCUUCGCCUUGAGGACCGCGUCAAGCUGCUCGAAGGCGACAAGAAGGCUGGAGGUAAGGACUCUGCUCGCCUGGCCGAGGCUGGCUCCGUUGGUGAGAUUGGUCGCCUGAAGGAGGAGAUUGCCGCCAAGGAUCGCGAUAUCGAGACCCUCAAGAAGCAGUGUGAGGGCCUGACUGCUGAGUACCACAAGCUCGGCGAUGAGGUCUCCUCUGGCAAAGGCGAUAUCAACGUGAAGAAGGACCUGUAAAUGGGUCUUUUGCCUGGGUACCAACCUCAGCCAAGGAAGUCGGUGUCAAAUUAUAGCGUGAGGUAGCUUUUUGCACGCCCGCUCGCUACUG